CCGCCUCUUCCCGGACCGCACCCCGUCUGGAGCGUCCGCGGGGCUACGUACCGAGUUAAUUUACGCGAACCAGUAGGCAGCCAGAGCAAGAGGGAGGGCAGAGCGACGAACAGGAGAGCCGAAAAGGAGACACUGUGACAGAGAGAAGUGGAGAGAGAGAGAGAGAGGAAGCGAGCACUGUAGUUUUAGCCCGAACUCUCUGCAAAGCUGCUCUCGACAGGAAAAGAAGUUUGAGUAACCGCGACGCUGACUGAGCCACCCGGUUGUUGUUAGCCCAUCUCCGAAAAGGCGCCCUGCCGACCAAAAAAGCAGCCACAAUGUCGGACGCAGACAAGUAUCUCUACGCGGACCGCAACCCGGUCAACAACCCGCUGGCACAGGCCGACUGGGCCACCAAGAAGCUGGUCUGGGUGCCCUCGGAGCGCCUGGGCUUCGAGGCCGGCUCCGUGAAGGAGGAGCACGGCGACGAGUGCGUGGUGGAGCUGGCCGACUCCGGCAAGAAGGUGCGGGUGAACAAGGACGACAUCCAGAAGAUGAACCCGCCCAAGUUCAGCAAGGUGGAGGACAUGGCCGAGCUCACCUGCCUGAACGAGGCCUCCGUGCUGCACAACCUGAAGGAGAGAUACUACUCUGGUCUCAUCUACGUGAGUAUUGGGGCCCUGGGAGGGGGUGGGACAUACUCCGGCCUCUUCUGCGUCGUGAUAAACCCCUACAAGAACCUGCCCAUCUACUCGGAGGAGAUCGUCGACAUGUACAAGGGCAAGAAGAGGCACGAGAUGCCCCCGCAUAUCUAUGCCAUCACCGAUACGUCUUACAGAAGCAUGAUGCAGGAUCGUGAAGACCAGUCUAUUCUCUGCACAGGCGAGUCUGGUGCUGGUAAGACAGAGAACACCAAAAAGGUUAUCCAGUAUCUCGCUCAUGUGGCCUCUUCUCACAAGACCAAGAAAGAUCAGAACAGUUCGAUCCUGUCACAUGGGGAGCUGGAGAAGCAGCUGCUGCAGGCCAACCCCAUCCUGGAAGCUUUUGGAAAUGCCAAGACGGUCAAAAAUGACAACUCCUCCAGAUUUGGAAAGUUCAUCAGGAUUAACUUUGACGUCAAUGGCUACAUCGUUGGUGCCAAUAUAGAAACCUACUUGUUGGAGAAAUCCCGUGCCAUCCGCCAGGCCAAAGACGAGAGGACCUUUCACAUUUUCUACUACUUGCUCACAGGAGCAGGAGACAAACUGCGCAGUGAUCUCCUCCUCGAGAAUUACAACAACUACCGAUUCCUUUCCAACGGAAAUGUCACCAUCCCGGGGCAGCAGGACAAGGAUCUGUUCACAGAGACGCUGGAGGCCAUGAAGAUCAUGAGCAUUCCUGAGGAUGAGCAGAUAGGCAUGUUGAAGGUGGUGGCCUCAGUUCUGCAGCUCGGAAACAUGAGCUUCAAGAAGGAGCGCCACACAGAUCAAGCCUCCAUGCCCGACAACACAGCUGCCCAGAAGGUGUCUCACCUUAUGGGCAUGAAUGUCACAGACUUCACCAGGGCCAUCCUGUCCCCCAGGAUCAAAGCCAGUCCUCCUGGUAUCCUGGCCUUGCUGGAUGAGGAGUGCUGGUUCCCUAAAGCCACAGACAAGAGCUUUGUGGAGAAGGUGCUCCAGGAGCAGGGCACACACCCCAAGUUUUUCAAGCCCAAGAAACUGAAGGAUGAGGCGGACUUCUGCAUUAUUCACUACGCUGGCAAGAAUGACGAACCUCUUUCUCCCCCCCCCUCCCUGCCUCUCUUUACUCUGAUGCCACCUCUUUCAGUGGACCGCAUCGUUGGUCUAGAUAAGGUGUCGGGCAUGUCCGAGAUGCCUGGUGCUUUUAAGACCCGCAAGGGCAUGUUCCGCACAGUUGGCCAGCUGUACAAGGAGCAGCUGUCCAAGCUCAUGGCCACACUGAGGAACACAAACCCCAACUUUGUCCGCUGCAUCAUCCCCAACCACGAGAAGAAGGCUGGUAAACUUGACCCACACCUGGUUCUGGACCAGCUGAGGUGUAACGGUGUGUUGGAGGGGAUCCGUAUCUGCAGACAGGGAUUCCCCAACAGAAUCGUCUUCCAGGAGUUUAGACAGAGGUAUGAAAUCCUCACUCCCAAUGCCAUUCCCAAGGGCUUUAUGGAUGGAAAGCAGGCCUGUGUGCUCAUGAUCAGAAGUCUGGAGCUCGACCCCAACCUGUACCGCAUCGGGCAGAGUAAGGUCUUCUUCAGAGCAGGAGUCCUGGCUCACCUAGAGGAGGAGAGGGACAUGAAGAUCACAGAUAUCAUCAUCAGCUUCCAGGCCUGGUGCAGAGGCUACGUGGCCCGCAAAGCUUUUGCAAAGAGGCAGCAGCAGCUGACUGCUAUGAAGGUGAUCCAGAGAAACUGUGCAGCCUAUCUUAAACUCAGAAACUGGCAGUGGUGGAGGCUCUUCACCAAAGUGAAGCCUCUGCUGCAGGUCAGCAGGCAGGAGGAGGAGAUGCAGGCCAAGGAUGACGAGCUGACUAAAGUGAAGGAGAAGCACUUGUAUGCUGAGCAGCAGCUCCAGGAGAUGGAGGAAAAACAGCAGCAGCUGAGUGCUGAGAAGAUGGCCCUGCAGGAGCAGCUCCAGGCAGAAACGGAGCUCUGCGCUGAGGCCGAGGAAAUGAGAGCUCGCCUCGCUGCCCAGAAGCAGGAGCUGGAGGAGAUCCUCCACGACCUGGAGGCCCGCGUGGAGGAGGAGGAAGAGCGCGCCACCCAUCUGUCGUCGGAGAAAAAGAAGAUGCAGCAAAACAUCUCUGACUUGGAGCAGCAGCUGGACGAGGAGGAGGCAGCGAGACAGAAGCUUCAGCUGGAGAAGGUUACUUUGGAAGCCAAGAUGAAGAAGGUGGAAGAAGACGUCAUGGUUUUAGAUGACCAGAACAACAAACUAAACAAGGAGAAGAAGCUGCUGGAGGAUAGAAUCUCUGAGUUCACCACCAACCUGGCAGAGGAGGAGGAGAAAUCCAAGAGCUUGCAGAAGCUGAAGACCAAACACGAGGCCAUGAUCACAGACCUGGAAGACCGCCUGCGCCGGGAGGAAAAGCAGCGUCAAGAGCUGGAGAAGAACCGACGCAAGCUGGAGGGCGACUUCACCGAGAUCCACGAUCAGAUCGCUGAGCUGCAGGCUCAGAUCGCCGAGCUUCGUGCACAGCUGGCUAAGAAGGAAGAGGAGCUCCAGGCAGCUCUGGCCAGGAUUGAGGAGGAGGCCGCGCAGAAGAACCUGGCUCAGAAAAAGAUCCGCGAGAUGGAGGCUCAGCUCUCGGAGCUGCAGGAGGAUUUGGAGCUGGAGAGGCAGGCCCGCACCAAAGCCGAGAAACACCGCAGGGACCUGGGUGAGGAGCUGGAGGCCCUCAAGACGGAGCUAGAGGACACCCUGGACUCAACCGCAGCUCAGCAAGAACUCAGGAGCAAACGUGAGACGGAGGUGGCCCACCUCAAGAAGACGCUGGACGACGAGGCCAAAGUCCACGAACAGCAGCUGGUUGAGAUGAGACAGAAACACAGUCAGGCCUUCGAUGAGCUCAACGAGCAGCUGGAACAGGCCAAGAGGAACAAAGUGUCCAUGGAGAAGGCCAAACAGGCCCUGGAGUCUGAGAGGAACGAGCUGAGUAUCGAGCUCCAGACGCUGAUGCAGGGCAAAGGGGAUUCGGAGCAUCGCAGGAAGAAAGCCGAGGCUCAGGUCCAGGAGCUGCAGAUCAAACACUCGGAGAGCGAGCGCCAGAGGAUGGAGCUGGCGGAGAAACUUUCCAAAGUGCAGGCGGAGCUGGAUAACGUUAGCGGUGUGCUGAGCGAUGUGGAAGGCAAAUCCAUCAAGGCAGCCAAAGACUGCUCAGCUGUCGAGUCCCAGCUGCAGGACGUUCAGGAACUGCUCCAGGAAGAGACGCGCCAGAAACUGUCACUUGGAACCCGUCUGCGCCAGCUCGAGGAUGAUCAGAACAACCUGAAGGAGCAGCUGGAGGAAGAGGAAGAAGCCAAGAGGAAUGUGGAGCGACAGCUUCAGACCGUGCAGGCUCAGCUGGCUGAAAUGAAGAAGAAGGUGGAGCAGGAUGCCGGGUGCCUGGAGACUGCUGAGGAGGGCAAGAAGAGGCUCCAGAGGGACCUGGAGGGAGUGAACCAGCGCAUGGAAGAAAAAUGUGCCGCUUUCGACAAGCUGGACAAGACAAAGACGCGUCUCCAGCAGGAGCUGGACGACCUGCUGGUGGACCAGGACCACCUCCGCCAGAUUGUCUCCAACCUGGAGAAGAAGCAGAAGAAGUUCGAUCAGAUGCUCGCAGAGGAGAAGAACAUCUCUGCCCGCUAUGCGGAAGAGCGCGACCGAGCCGAAUUGGAGGCCCGCGAGAAGGAGACCCGGGCACUGGCGCUAACCCGCGAGCUGGAAUCUCUGAUGGACAUCAAAGAGGAGCUGGACCGCAGCAACAAACUGCUGCGGGCAGAGAUGGAGGACCUGGUCUCCUCCAAGGACGACGUCGGCAAGAACGUCCACGAGCUGGAGAAGUCCAAGCGGGCCAUGGAGCAGCAGCUGGAGGAGAUGAAGACCCAGCUGGAGGAGCUGGAGGACGAGCUGCAGGCCACCGAGGACGCCAAGCUGCGCCUGGAGGUCAACAUGCAGGCCAUGAAGGCUCAAUACGAGAGGGACCUGGCAGGGCGCGAUGAGAUGGGCGAAGAGAAGAAGAGGGCGCUGGUUAAACAGGUGCGAGAAAUGGAGAUGGAGCUGGAGGACGAGAGGAAGCAGCGCUCUGCCGCCGUGGCCGCGCGCAAGAAGAUGGAGCUGGACCUGAAGGAGCUGGAGGCGGCCAUCGACAUGGCCAACAAGAGCCGCGACGACGCCCUGAAACAGCUGAAGAAACUCCAAGCCCAGAUGAAGGAUCUCAUUCGGGAGCUGGAGGACACCCGCAUGUCCAGAGAGGAAAUCCUGGCCCAGAGCAAGGAAACCGAGAAGAAGCUGAAGAGCAUGGAGGCCGAAAUGAUCCAGAUGCAGGAGGAGCUGGCAGCAGCAGAGAGAGUAAAGAGGCAGGCCCAGCAGGAGAGAGACGAACUGCAGGAUGAGAUCAACAACCAGGCCACCAAGAAUGCUCAGGUUGCAGAGGAGAAGAGGCGGCUGGAGGCCCGCAUUGCUCAGCUGGAGGAGGAGCUGGAGGAGGAGCAGUGCAACUCGGAGCUGAUCAACGACAGGCUGAAGAAGGCCAUGCUGCAGACGGACCAGAUGAACGUGGAGCUGAGCGCAGAGCGCAGCACCUGUCAGCGCGUGGAGGGCGCCCGCUCCCAGCUGGAGCGCCAGAACAAGGAGCUGAAACUGAAGCUGCAGGAGCUGGAGGGCACCGUCAAGUCCAAGUACAAGACACAGAUAGGGGCCCUGGAGACUAAGAUCGUCCAGCUGGAGGAGCAGCUGGACAUGGAGGCCAGGGAGAGGCAGACUGCCACCAAGCUGGUGAGACGCACCGAGAAGAAACUGAAGGAGGUCCUGCUGCAGGUGGACGACGAGAGGCGCAACACGGAGCAGUACAAGGACCAGGUGGACAAGUUGAACUCCCGCAUGAAGCAGCUGAAGCGGCAGCUGGAGGAGGCUGAGGAGGAAGCUCAGAGGGCCAACGCCAAUCGAAGGAAACUGCAGCGGGAGCUGGAGGACGCCACAGAGUCCGCAGAUGCCAUGAACCGUGAAGUCACCUCCCUCAAGAGCAAGCUCCGGCGCGGCGACCUGCCCUUCACCGUGCGCCGCACCGUCACCCGCGGCGGGAUAGAAAGCGACGAGGAGACCGAGCCCAAGAGCGAGACCCCCGAACCCAAGCCCGAGUAAAAAACGGCCAGCUCCACUCGACUCCUCCGCGCCGCAAACUAGAGAGACCCAAAAUACACAAAAUCACCCUUUACUGUACCGGAGAGGAACACAAACAGACGAAUGUUAAGACUAGAGGCAGGGAUUCAGCUCACUUCUGCAUCCGUCUCUGAACGUUGACAAUCUAUGCAUUAUUAACACAUUCACACGUACAGAGGCAGGUAAACCUGGACAAUCGCCAUGCUGAUGCGCACACAAACACACACACAUUGUUUUGGGCCAAAUUUUUCCUUUUGCUUCCUUUUUCAUUCUCUGGGAAAAGUUUAAACACAAAGAGAAAAUGAUAUUUUUAUAUGGAACGUUUCCUCUUACAAUAGUCCUGAUUAAGGAUCUAUUUUUCUAAUUGAAGAAGACAAAGUUAUACGUAAAUGAAUGAAGACGAUUACUGGAAGGGGACCAAAGUAAUAGUUCAAUCUUCAGAAGUGUAUUUUAUGCAGACGUUUUUAUAACUGCUAAGAAUGAAAGCGCCUCAUGUUUAUCUCGCUCGAGCGCCCGCCUCAGUCUAUAGAGUUUAUGCAAUAUCCUGAAAUGUAUUCGCAGUUUAGCCUUUGUUACUAUGCUUUUUG